AUGACGGAGGUAGAAACUGAAAGAAUUAUUAAUGAAAUUCGAGGUUAUCCCGAAUUAUACCUUAUGGGACAUCCUGAUUACAAGAAUUCGUAUAAAAAAGAAGUGGCGUGGCGAAAAAUCGAGGGAAGUACCGGCUUGGAUGUGAAAUCACUAAAAGCAAAAUGGAAAAAUCUGCGUGAUACUUACAAGAAGUACAAACAGUCUCAACUAACAUUUAGUGGGCAAGCUGCAAAGAAAUAUGCUAAUUGGGUGUGGGCUGAACACAUGAGUUAUGUGGAUUCUACAACAAAUUUACGAUCUACUGAGAGCACUUUAAAUACUAGCCCUCCAAAACUGCAAGCAGCGGAAAAUAAUAAGAUUGAAAAUUUACUUCAAAAUCCAACGGAUAUAGAAGAACGAGUAGAACCUAUAAUCGGAAAUGAGACACAACAAGAAGCACAGGAUGAUGGGUCAGUAAGCAAUAUUUCAGAGACAGGAAGCGAUCUAUAUCGAAGAAGAAGACGCCGAAACUUAGAUCCAUCCGAUAAAAUUAUUAAUUAUUUAGAAAAGAGGAAGAUUGCAAAAUCAUCUACUCCAAAUACAGGUCAAAAUCUAGUUAAUGUAUUGUGUGACAGGCUUGAUAUGACAUUUUUAGGUUUUGCUGACAGUGUCAAGAAACUUUCUUUGAACAACCAAGCCAUUAUUAAAUUACAAAUCAUGAAAUUAAUAACCGAGUAUGAAUUAAAAGAAAUAACAAGUGACAAUAGACCAAACUCUAGCAACAGUACCUAUGUUUCGACUCCAGAAAGUAUUACUCUCGAUGAUCUUAGCAAUCACAGCAAUCGUAACGUCCGUCAACCAUCCACAUCAGGCGUCAACUAUCAUAAUACACUUUCAAACACGCAAAGCCAAACAGAAAAUCGUGACCUCAAUCAGCCGUCCACAUCAGGUGGACCCAUAAUAAUAUACGAACACCUAAUAUCAUCAUUUUACAAUCAUCUGAAAUCAGUGAUCAACACACAUCACAAAUCAUAACUGAUGAAAAAAGUACUCAAAAGUACAUCAUGAUUCAACCAUCAGACCAAAGAAAUGAUAAUAAGGAAAAUAAUUACUUGAGUGCUCAAAGUUGUUUUGCUAAUUGGAACGAGUAAUGAAACAUGUGUGCGAAUUAUCUACUACAUACUAAUCUAAAUUGUAUUUUUUUAAUAAAUAAAUAAACUUACCUUAAACAUAUUGCCAAUCUUUCCUUUGAGGAUAUACUUUCCCUGAAGUUUGUAUUUUUCUUCUGGAUAUAUGGCUGAAGUUGGUUGUGCAAGUAAUCAAAAGUUUCAGGCGACAUUCUAAAAUAAGUGAAAAAACGAUCACUAUGCUGCUGUAGUUCUUUGCAUAAUUUAUUUUCUCCAAGCUUCUUUCUUUUUUGAUUAAUUUCAUGAACCCAUAUUCUUCGUCUUUUUCUUAAUGUCGAUACAAGAAGUAAUAGUUCUUCUUCUUCAGAUUCAGAAAGAAACCAGUCUGACUCAAACGACAUGUUGCACUAAAAUGAAUAGGAAAAUGCGAUACUGAAAUGCGGUGUGAAAACGACCGCUUAAAUUUCGCUUGUUUACCGCUUUUUCCUGUUCGCUAUCGCGGUUUGCGGCGUCAGUGUGCUAACGCCGUAA